AUUUGGAGGGACCAAACAUACCAUUUCUUUCUUUUACAGUCCUACUUGCCCUUGUUAUAAACCCCCGUGCCUAGCUUUUUAGUGCACAGAAUCAGAAAGUGUUGGUGACCCAGAUCAAGAUUCUUCAAGAACUCUAAUGGAGCACUGUAUGAGCUUUUCACAAGACAUGGAUGAUGAGUAUGAGAAACUUAUAAGGAGGAUGAAUCCACCCAGGGUUGUGAUUGAUAAUGAGUCCUGCAAAAAUGCUACUGUUAUUCAGGUGGAUAGUGCUAAUGAGCAUGGAAUACUAUUGGAAGUUGUUCAAGUUCUUACUGAUUUAAACCUUACCGUUACUAAAGCUUACAUAUCUUCUGAUGGAGGCUGGUUUAUGGAUGUGUUCAAUGUGACUGAUCAAGAUGGGAACAAAGUCACAGAUGUUGAGGUUUUGGAUUAUAUUUAUAAGGCACUUGGACCAGAUUCAGAUUUUGGCUACUCUAUUAGAAGAUCUGUGGGGGUUAAGUCUGCAGUGGAUCAUACUGCCAUUGAGUUAAUAGGGUGUGAUAGGCCUGGGUUACUCUCUGAGUUGAGUGCUGUUCUAACUCAUCUCAAAUGUAAUGUGGUAAGUGCUGAGGUGUGGACACAUAACACUCGGGCUGCAGCUGUGGUGCAAGUUACUGACGAAGAAACAGGAGGUGCAAUCACUGAUUCCGAGAGGCUAUCGGUGAUUAAGCAAUUGCUAUGUAAUGUUCUUAAUGGAAGCAAUAAGUCAAGGAAAGCUAAGACUGUAGUGUCUCAUGGGAUCACACACACUGAACGAAGGCUUCACCAGAUGAUGUUUGCUGAUCGAGACUAUGAAAGAAAUAGUGAUGAACCUUUGGAAGAUAAAUCAAGGCCGGAAGUGAACGUUAUUAAUUGGUACGACAAAGAUUACUCGGUGGUCUCAAUCCGGUGCAAGGAUAGGCCUAAACUUAUCUUUGAUGCAAUAUGCACUUUGACAGACAUGCAGUAUGUUGUUUUUCAUGGCAAUGUUGAUGCUUCAGGACCAGAGGCUCACCAGGAAUACUGUAUCAGACAUAUUGAUGGAUCCCCUGUAAAAUCUGAAGCAGAGAGACAAAGGGUUGUCCAGUGUCUUGAAGCUGCAAUUGAGAGAAGGGUGUCUGAGGGUUUGAAGCUAGAAUUAUGCACAACAGACAGAGUCGGACUGCUUUCUGAUGUCACUAGGAUCUUCCGAGAGAAUAGCCUCACUGUCACCAGAGCUGAAGUUGCAACUAGGGGAGGAAAGGCCGUUAACACUUUCUAUGUUUGUGGAGCAUCUGGCUAUCCUGUGGAUAGCAAGAUAAUCGACUCUAUCAGGCAAUCAAUCGGACAAACCAUACUCAAAGUGAAAGGCAACACCAACGAGUUAAAUCAAACUACACAAGAAUCUCCUACCAGGUUCCUCUUUGGGGGUCUUUUCAAGUCAAGAUCCUUUUGCAAUUUCGGCUUGGUUAGAUCUUACUCCUAAGGUUACUUAUUACUGUCCGCUCCCUUGUAAAUAGAAAGCCUUAUAGUCGCACAACUUGCUAGCACAUUAACGGAACUUUCUAGGUUUCUAGGGCGUUUAAUCAAGGCUUAAGAUCAGAAAGCAGAAAAUCGCUAGAUAAUCAUCUAGUUCUUGUACAUAUUGUUAGUUUCGCAUUGUAGUUGGAAAGUGCUAGAAUGUGUUCAAGGCAAUCGUUGAAUACAUAGCUGAUAGCACCAUCUAAAGCACCUAGUUCAAGUUAUGGUUAUGUAGGAAGACAGAAUGAUCUGUAAAUAGCAAUAUCUUCCUCCUAUUUUAUGUAUUGAUCUUCAGUCA